AUGCCCCAAGCCUAUCGCCUGAUGCGCACCGCCGCCGCCCUGCUGGGCCUGUGCCUCGGCUUGCAGACCGCGCAUGCCGAACCGGCGCGCACGCCGCGGCAGCUGAUCGACCAGUUGGGCCCGCAGGUCCGCCGCGCCCUCGAACGGCCCGAGCCCAACAAGUCGCCCGAAGACGUGGAACGCGCCGUGGCGGCGCAGAUCACCGCGUUGAUCCGCCGUGCCGAAGGCCAUCUGUCGCUGACCGAGCGGGACAUGCACGGCCGCACGCCGCUGAUGCUGGCGGCCAGCGGCGGCUACGCCCAGGUCGUGGAAGCGCUGCUCGCCGACCCCAGCGUGAGGCUGAGCAUCAACUCGCCCGACAAGCGCGGCGAAACCGCCUGGAUGGUGGCCAGCUUCGCGCCGACGCUCACACUGGCCGCCUGCCAGCCCGGCGCGCUGACCCGCGAACGCUAUGCGCUGCUGCCGCCCUACCUGCUGCGCAUGGGCCAUCUGCUGAAGACCCAAGGGGCCGCCAUCGGCACCAUCAUCCGGGCGCUGGAAGCGGCCGGGGCCGAAGCCACGCUGGACGCCGGCAAGCAGGCCUGGCUGGCCCGCUGCCCCAACAGCUCGCCCGAGCUGCGCCAGGCGCUGGCCCUCGCCGAGGGCGGGCUGAUGCCCACGCUCGUCAACCACGCGGUCGCCAAGCAGGUCGACUUCAACAAGAUGGCGCGGGAGUCCGUCAACAGCCUCCCGGCCUCGCCGCCCAAGGACAUGCGCUUCGUCCAGGACAACGGCGACCGGAGCCUGGCCAAGCUGUCGCCGUUGCUGCAGAUCCAUGAGAUGAGCUGCGACAAGAUGCCCAAGCCGCAGCUGCCGCGCACGAUCUACUGGACGGGCAAAGUGCUGCUCAAGGCGGUCGUCCUCACGCGUGGCGGCAUCGUGGAAGUCGCCGAUGUGGACGUGCUGUCCAUCAGAGGCGACAAGAAGGAAGAGGCCGGCGCCUUCUUCCGCGGCCUGGUGGUGCAGGCGCUGGCCGGCUAUGAAUGCGCGGGGGACCACACCUUCGAGCAGGAGUUCGAGUUCAAGGUCGAAUGA